GAAUAGUCGUAGUUCAAUAGUCAAGAAACGAGCAAUCGAAAUUCGAGAAAUGCCAGCCCAAAUACGUCCAAUCUCUGAGGAGUUGCAGGCCAAUGCCAAGGAGUUCCUCAACGAAGUCCCUGAGCGCAUUGAGAGUGACCUGGAGGCAUUGAAGACAUGGAUCAAGCAGCAGCCCCAUCUGAAUCCUCGCACAGAUGAUCAAUUCUUGAUUGCCUUUCUUCGCGGCUGCAAGUACAGUCUCGAGAGAACCAAGGCCAAGUUGGACAAGUACUUCACAUUGCGCACCAAGUACCCAGAACUUUUUAGUGUAACUGAUGUUGACAAUCCCAAGCUGCGUGAAAUUCAACGAUUAGGACCCAUAGUCUACCUACCGAACCUACUAAAUGGAUGUCGUGUGGGCAUGUUUAGAAUCGGCGUUUGUUCAGCUGAUAAAUACACGAUGUUGGAGGUAAUGCAAGUCGGUCAGGUUAUGCAGGAAAUUGCCCUGAUGGAGGAUGAUCACGCUAUAAUCAACGGCGUUAUUUUUAUUAUGGAUUUAAAAGGUGCAACUCCAGGUCACUUUCUCCAAAUGACACCUGGAAUGGCAAAAAAGAUGACCGCAUUUAACGAAGAGGCCUUGCCGAUGAGACCCAAGGGACAACACUUUAUAAAUACGAUUACUGGAUUUGAAACCAUUUUCAACAUGUUUAAGCCCAUGAUGUCAAAGAAACAACAGGGACGACUAUUUGUUCACGGCAAAAUAGAAUCGCUGACAGAACAUGUUCCUCUCAAAUACCUGCCCAAGGAGUAUGGUGGUGAAAAUGGCUCUAUUGAAGAAGCUAUUGCUGUCUGGGGUAAAAAGUUUGACGAAUACAGAGACUUCUUUAAGGAUAAUGCCAAUUAUGGUACCAAUGAAAAACUUCGUCCUGGAAAGCCAAUUGAUUUCGAUAGUAUCUACGGAACAGAGGGUUCAUUCCGCAAACUAAAUGUUGAUUAGAAUUUUGUCAACUGUUAUCCAUUAUUGUGAAUUAACUUUAAACAAAAAGAAUUUUUUUGUUAAAAGCUGCUUGUUGAAUAAAUAUUGCAUGUUGGGUGAUCCAAUUUAAA